AACUGCUCAGGGCAAAAAAGAAAAAAGAAAAGAAAAGAAAAGAAAAGAAAAGAAAAGAAAAGAAAAAACACAUUGGAGCCGAGCGGUGGUAGCCCCUGAAUCUGGAGAACAACGGUGGCCUAGGAACCAGCCAUGAACCAUUCUGACUGCCGACUGAGCCUGUGGCCCCUGGGGGCCCCCCGAGGCGUGUCUCCUGUGGUUGGCUCACACGGCAUCGGUGCUUCGCCAGGCGACAAGAAGUCCAAGAACAAGUCGGCACGAGGGAAGAAGAAGAGCGUAUUUGAGACCUACAUGUCCAGGGAGGAUGUCGCACAGGGCUUGAAGAGAGGCACGCUCAUCCAGGGUGUGUUGAGGAUCAAUCCUAAGAAGUUCCAUGAAGCCUUCAUUCCUUCGCCGGACGGCGACCGAGACAUUUUCAUCGAUGGGGUUGUCGCUCGCAACCGGGCCCUGAACGGGGACGUGGUGGUGGUGAAGCUGCUUGCUGAGGAGCAGACCAAGGCAGUUAAACCCAAGGGCAGUGACAGAGAAGCAGAAGGUGCUUAUGAAUCAGGGCUCUGUGGGAGCCCCCUUGUGCCCCAGUCCCCCCAAAGCUACAGUGACAGUCCUGAUGUCAUCAUAGAGGCCCAGUUUGAUGACUGUGGCUCGGAAGACGGACACGGCCAGCCCCCGAGUGCCCUGCUGGAUGGCGUCACGAAGCUCUCGGUGUGUGUCCCCGAUGGAGGGAAAGAAGAUGCAGAUGCACGUGCCGCCGGCGACGAUGGCGCAACCGCGGCACUGGACAUGGGAGCUUCUCCGGAGAAGGCCCCGCAAAGAUCAGCAAAGGUGGUUUACAUCGUCGAGAAGAAACAUUCGCGGGCGGCGACGGGCUUCCUCAAGCUCCUGGCCGAUAAGAACAGCGACCUGUUCCGGAAAUACGCCCUGUUUUCUCCCGUGGACCACCGCGUCCCCCGGGUGUACGUGCCUCUCAAGGACUGUCCCCAGGACUUGGUGAGCCGACCCAAGGAUUACGCCAACACGCUGUUCAUCUGCCGUAUCGUGGACUGGAGGGAGGACAGCAAUUUCGCGUUAGGGCAGCUGGCGAAGAGUCUGGGCCAGGCCGGCGAGAUCGAGCCCGAGACCGAAGGCAUUCUCACAGAGUACGGGGUGGACUUCUCAGAUUUCUCCUCCCAAGUCCUAGACUGUCUCCCGCGCACCCUGCCCUGGACCAUCCCACAGGAAGAACUCAGUAAACGAAGAGAUUUAAGGAAGGACUGUGUCUUCACCAUCGACCCGUCCACUGCCCGAGACCUCGAUGACGCCCUGUCCUGCCGGCCGCUCCCUGAUGGCACCUUUGAAGUGGGGGUCCACAUUGCCGACGUGAGCUACUUUGUUCCCGAGGGGUCCGAGCUGGAUGACGUGGCCGCGGACAGAGCGACAAGCGUCUACUUGGUCCAGAAGGUCAUCCCCAUGCUCCCCCGACUGCUGUGCGAGGAGCUGUGCAGCCUCAACCCCAUGACCGACAAGCUCACCUUCUCCGUCAUCUGGACACUGACCGCGCAGGGCAAGAUCCUCAGCGAGUGGUUCGGCCGCACCGUCAUCCGCUCCUGUGCCAAGCUGAGCUACGAGCACGCGCAGAGCAUGAUCGAGAGCCCCUCGCGGGAGCUGCCGGCCGAGCAGCUGCCCCCUGUGGGCCCCGAGCACAGCAGCUGGGACGUGCACCGCGCCGUGCUGCAGCUGCAUGCCAUCGCCCAGGAGCUCCGGCGGCAGCGCUUCAGGGACGGGGCGCUGCGCCUGGACCAGGUCAAACUCGCUUUCACACUGGACCACGAGACUGGACUGCCACAAGGGUGCCACAUCUACGAGUACCGUGACAGCAACAAGCUGGUGGAGGAGUUCAUGCUCCUGGCCAACAUGGCCGUGGCCCGCAAGAUCCACCGCGCCUUCCCCGAGCGCGCCCUGCUGCGCCGCCACCCGCCGCCGCAGACCAAGAUGCUCAACGACCUGGCCGAGUUCUGCGGCCAGAUGGGGCUGUCCGUGGACUUCAGCUCGGCCGGCGCCCUCCACAAAACCCUGACUGAGCUGUUUGGAGAUGACGAGUACUCGAUGGCCCGGAAGGAGGUGCUCACCAACAUGUGCUCCCGGCCCAUGCAGAUGGCGCUGUACUUCUGCUCGGGGGCGCUGCAGGACCCGGUGCAGUUCCGGCACUACGCCCUCAACGUGCCGCUCUACACGCACUUCACCUCGCCCAUCCGCCGCUUCGCCGACGUGCUGGUGCACCGCCUGCUGGCCACGGCGCUGGGCUACAGGGAGCUGCCCAACCUGGAGCCCGACGACCUGCAGAAGCGGGCGGACCACUGCAACGACCGCCGCAUGGCGUCCAAGCGCGUGCAGGAGCUCAGCACGGGCCUCUUCUUCGCCGUCCUGGUCAAGGAGAGCGGCCCUCUGGAGUCCGAGGCCAUGGUGCUGGGCGUGCUGAACCAGGCCGUCGACGUGCUGGUGCUGCGCUACGGCGUGCAGAAGCGCGUGUACUGCAAUGCGCUGCCUCUGCGUUCCCACCACUUCCAACGGGUGGGCAAGAAGCCGGAGCUCACGCUGGUCUGGGAGCCCGAGGACACUGAGCAGGAGCCGCUGCAGCAGGUCCUCACCAUCUUCAGCCUGGUGGAUGUGGUACUUCGGGCCGAGGACACCGCCCUCAAGUACAGCGCCACCCUCAAGCGCCCGGGCGCCGAGGGCCUCCCCAGGCCACUUGACCAGGACCGAGGCAGCCGUGACCUUGACAGCGACCCCGCCGGCCUGGACCCUGAAGCCUGAGUCCCUCACCUGCUGCCUGUUGGAGGAUCGGGGUCUUUUGACACCAAAGGGGAGUUUUAAUUUGGGUUUUUAACAACUCAGGGUUUUGUUUUUAUUUUUUCAUUCUAUUUUAUUUUUGCAGCUCAGUUUUUAAAAUGAACUGGAGUGGGGGGCCUGGCCCUCGUGAGCCCAAACAGAACCACAGCUGCCCCGCCGGGCCCCACACUGCCUCCCCCUGCCGGGAACCCGGGGUUCGCUCGUCAAAUCAGUGUCAAGGAAUAAAAUCAGGUGUGGAAUGUG